AUGUUACUUUCUAGUAAAAGUGCUGCCGUUUUAGGGCCAUCACGAUCGUCGUCACCAUCAUUAUCAUCAUCAAAUGGAAUGCCGUCUUUGUCGUUUGUAGUUUUUACCGUUGCUCUUAUCGUAGAUUGGGAGAGGGAAGGCAGUUCUCCAGAAGAAAAGCUGAAAAGGAUAGCUAAAAUUGAUGCCUGGUUAAACAGAGACCAGUAUGAGUAG